GGUGGCUGUGCCCGGCCCGGCCAGAGCGAGAGCGAGAACGACAGCGCGGCUCCCCGAGGCUGUGUGCGCCCGGCUGUCAUCAUGAGUGACCAGGCUAUGAGCUUCUUGAAGGACUUCCUGGCCGGCGGCAUCGCCGCUGCCGUCUCCAAGACCGCGGUGGCCCCCAUCGAGCGGGUCAAGCUGCUGCUGCAGGUGGGGACGCAGCGGGCGCGGGCGCGGAAACAGUACAAAGGGAUCAUGGACUGCGUGGUGAGAAUCCCCAAGGAGCAGGGCUUCCUCUCCUUCUGGAGGGGCAACCUGGCCAACGUGAUCCGCUACUUCCCCACCCAAGCGCUCAACUUCGCCUUCAAGGACAAGUACAAGCAGAUCUUCCUGGGGGGCGUGGACCGGCACAAGCAGUUCUGGCGCUACUUCGCGGGUAACCUGGCUUCCGGCGGGGCGGCUGGGGCCACCUCCCUCUGCUUUGUGUACCCGCUGGACUUUGCCAGGACCAGGCUGGCUGCCGACGUGGGCAAGGGCAGCGCCCAGCGCGAGUUCAGCGGCCUGGGCGACUGCCUCACCAAGAUCUUCAAGUCCGACGGCCUCGGGGGCCUCUACCAGGGCUUCAGCGUCUCGGUCCAGGGCAUCAUCAUCUACAGAGCUGCCUACUUCGGCGUCUACGACACUGCCAAGGGGAUGCUGCCGGACCCCAAGAACGUGCACAUAUUCGUCAGCUGGAUGAUCGCGCAGUCGGUGACGGCGGUGGCGGGGCUGGUGUCCUACCCCUUUGACACCGUGCGCCGGAGGAUGAUGAUGCAGUCGGGCCGCAAGGGGGCGGACAUUAUGUACACUGGGACACUGGACUGCUGGAGGAAGAUCGCCAAGGAUGAAGGAGGCAAGGCUUUCUUCAAAGGUGCCUGGUCCAAUGUGUUGAGAGGCAUGGGCGGUGCCUUUGUGUUGGUGUUGUAUGAUGAGAUCAAAAAAUUCGUCUAAUGUAAUUAAAACGAAUUCAUUGGUUCCAGACCCGUUGUGUGGUUUAAUAGACUUUUCCUAGGGGAAGUAAAAAGAAAGAUCUGGCAUAAAACCAGACUGAAAGGAAUACCUCAGAAAAAAAAAAAGCUUCACUGAGUGUUCAUUAAACCACGAAUGUAUUUUGUAUUUAUUUUACAUUUAAAUUCCCACAGACAAUAUAAAGUAACGUAUCAUACUUGUAUAAUUAACUGAAGAACUGAUAAUAAAGAAGUAACCGAAUGUGAAACCAAUAAAGACCACUUAAUGCA